AUGGCUUAUACUAACAUCAGUGGAAGCAAAUGUGUUGUUUGGUUGGAAGAUUUAGUUGAUAUGAGAUAUUCACAAAUUGCUGGGAACAACAUUUUUAUACGGAUGGCAAAUGGAAAACCAGAUGCACCUGUUGCAGGCUGGAGAUGGAAAGAGGAAUGGACUGUUUUUGCUUCUUUAAUUUCAGAGUUGACACUGCUUACUAUCUUGCUUAUAACUGUUGGGGUUCUAUGCCAAAAGAAGAGAAAUGUGCUAGAUGAAUCAGAAAUCAAUCAGCCGGCAAAUUCUCAAGAAGCUUCAUUGCAGGGCACUAACGUCAUUGCAUAUGAUUCCAGUGAUCUAGCUGCAGCCACUAACAAUUUCUCGCUGGCUAAUAAGAUAGGGCAUGGUGGCUUUGGCAAUGUUUAUAAGGGUGUACUAGCGAAUGGAGUAGAAAUUGCAGUGAAGAAGAAGGACAUGACUUCACGUCAAGGAUUUACUGAUUUCAAGAAUGAAGUCAAGUUAAUAGCAAAGCUACAACAUCGUAACCUAACCAAGUUGUUGGGAUACUGCAUUAAUGGAGCAGAAAAAUUCCUAGUGUAUGAAUUCAUGGCGAAUAAUAGCCUAGACAAGGUCAUAUUUGAUCCUGCAAGAUGGGGUGCAAUAACAUGGCCAAUGCGCUUCAACAUUAUCAAGGGAAUCGCAAAAGGAUUAGUUUACAUGCUGAUAGAAUAUAUGCCUUCACUUAUCAGUCAAUGGACCAGGUCCCUUGACACACUAACAAGUAUGAACAGAAAGUAA